AUGGCCAUGGACAAGGAUCGUAAUCAACCGCGUCUCCUACCGCAUGGGGAGAAGGUUGCCAAAACCGCAUCAAAUGGCCCGAGAUGGCAGGCUACCAAUGACUCUGGCUCCAGGAAGAUUCUCGAUCCAACUAAGAGGGGGCUUGCAUAUGCUACCUCGGAAGCCGCUCCGAAAUCCAUCCAUCGUCCGUCCGCUCUCAGGAUCCCUGAUCGCUUGCUUAUUCCGCCUUCCUUCCCCCCUCCCUCUAACAAACGUCGGUCUCUGUGCGCGCUCCCUGGCCGGGGAUACAUGGUACAUGGUACAUAUGCUACUAGCUAUGAGGUGGUGGGUGGUGGGUGGUGCUUUGUCAGGUGCCUCACUGCCGAUAACUAG